AGAGUUCACGAGAAAAGCCCUUUCCCGCGUCCAGAUAUCCUUCUUUGCUCUGAAGAAGGAUCACCGGACCCGAAACGUUAACUCUGAUUUCUCUGCACAGAUGCUGAGCUUUUCCAGCAACUUCUGUUUUUGUUCGUGACCCUUUGCUGUUUCGCUCUCUGUCUCUUUCCCCAUAGGUGCUGCGAGACCCGCUAACUUUGCUUCAAUUUCACAUUUCCAGCGCCCGCAGCCUUACGGUUUUAUUGAGUCAGAAGAGUUCAGGACCUGCCUAUCAGCACUGUGACUGGUGAAGGAACCGGUGGAAGCAGGCACACGCGCAGUUGCGUCUGGUCGCGAUACGUGAUAUUUCAGGCUUCCUCGACUUUGGUUUGCAUUUUGAACUUUCUCUUUCACAAGUGUCUGAGUGGGGGCAGACAGACAAACAGACUGCCGCUGACUACAUACACAGGCUGUCUCCAGCUGCAGUUCACCAGCCUCUUCCUAUUGAGCUGCGGAGCCACCUUGACUUGGCGCUUGUCUCCUUUCCUCAGUGUCCGAGCGGCCCAUUUGUGUGUGCUGUUUGCGUGAGUGAGAGAGAGUUAGGAGCUUGCCCUCCGUUGCUGAAGACCCAUCCUGACACCGACAGUAGCAGCGCCGCCGAGAUUCACAGGAACAGCCGGCAACACCAUGAACACCGGCCUGCGGUCACUGCGGCCCCUGGCGUGAAGUCGGUGUGAAGGGGGCGAAUGAACCCACUCGUGUGCAUCUUCGCUUUAACUUUCUCCAGGUUGUCGCUUAUGCAGUUCGCUCUGUUCACACAGGAGACAGCUCCCCUUCGUAUAAAAAACAGUCACUACUGAUGAGGAGAAGGCAAGUGAAACGAGUUUGUUUCUACUGUUACCUCCAUCUUAAUCUGGACUGCCAUAUUUUCACAUUCAUAAACACUGAGACUGGGAUUUCUCUGCUGUUAUUAUGCAAUUUUGCUGCGUGUCUACCAAAAACAGAUGUACCUCACAAUCAUAAUACAGGCAAAGUGAAGCCAGCAGCGGUGACUGAAAUGUUGCAAAUGGUGACAGGGAUGCAAAAACAAGUGGAGGAAAAACGUAAAGAAGGUCUAUUCCCUCCUAAAGACAUACCUGAAUUACGAUUAUACACUCCUGAACAGAUAUCUAAUGAUUGUUUUGAAACUGCGUUGACAUGCUUCAUUCAAGAACUGAAUGUUUUGCGGUUUGAAUUUGCGCUCGAGUCUUACGAAUUACGAAACAUGAACAGAAUGAAUAGGAAUGCAAAAGCAUUUUCUAAACUUAAGCAGAAGAACUGCAAAAUGUGUGAAACAUUCCAAGAAAAAAAUGCAACACAUUUUCUCAUGGCUUUUGAAAAUCUUCUUCAAAACAAGUAUAGACAAACAUAAACCAUGUUUUAUGGUAUGUAAAUAAUGA